AUGAAGAAGGUGGCCGGCGUGGUGAAAUAUGUGCGCUACCAGGCCAGCCAACUCUAUCAAUCUCCUGCUAGGACACUUGCUGUUCUAGAAGUCUUUUGGGACUUUUCGCGUCGUUAUUUUUACGCUUUAGCCUUUUGGUCACUACUCGGUGCUAAAUUGCUUCAUCUUUUUGCCCACUUAUAUUCUCUUCCCUUACACAAGUUUGUUCUCUGGGGACCAUCAUUCUUUUUCCAAGAUUUUGCAAUCCUACUACUAUUUCGCAUUUUGGUGCAGAAAACCUCGGGUGUCAUUGCAGCGAUAUGUGCCCUCAUUGUUCUUCCAUUUAGUUUGAUUGUCUCAGGAAUGGCUGCUGCCAACUUCUCUGUCUAUGUCUUUACAGGAUCCGAGAUUCAUUGGCGACAGGCCAAAACCUUUACUGGUGAUGCGGCUGCUCUUCGAACAUUGUUAUCCGGGUUGACCGGAUUUUUGAUCGGCGAGGCGCUACUUGUGGCGUGCGCCCUGUUCACUAACCGUCCGAUCCACAAAUUUGGUGGUGGCGUUUUGCAUGUCUUGGCGUGGCCCUUCCGCUCGUUGCUGACGCGAUUGCAACCUUGUGUGGGACCCUUAUUGCAGCGAUUUCAACGCACUACAUCAUUGCCGGAUCCCCGGCUGUAUGAACAAAUUCACUUGGAAGAUGAUUAUCUCAACGAGUCUGACGACGACGACGAUGACUUCCUGCUGGAUCCGUUCAGCAGAAGUAACCCUAGACAUUCGACCGAUCGUCUGAUUCCAAGGGUUCUCGUACUCGGCUUCGUAUUCUUGGCAGUGACGUUGCGCUUACUUCGCCCGUCAGAACCAGUAUACCUAUAUUUGUCGGGAACCUUACCUUUGGCCUCAUUUUUUGAAGGUGGUCACCGGGAUUCUCCAGUUGAUAUCACCGGCCUACCUCUUUAUCAAUACAAUUAUCUAUCAGGUAAAGAUUCUUUACACUUGCCGCCAUCCUGGAACUGGAUGCCCAAGGAAGCCGGUCCCGGUUUCACUGAUUGGAAGCCCAAUCUCAGCGCGAAUGAGUCUCUUCACUACAGCCCACAGGCGAACCCCCUGCACAUCUCCAACCUACAGCAGCCAGUCCUAGAGUCCAUCAAAGGUGUUCUUGCCGAUGGAAGUGUCAAGAUCAAACAUGUGGUGCUAUUGAAGCUUGAGAGUGCUCGUGCAGACACCUUUCCUGUGCGCAAGGACUCUUUUCUGUAUAACCGCGUUGCUGAAACGUAUGACGACGGCGAAAUCCCCCGGGAGGUUCAAGAUCGCAUUGCCAAUCUCACUCGCACCGCAGAGUUUUUGACUGGGGCUUCCUCUGGCUUCCAGGACAAUGACCAGCUCCACGCAGAUCGCAAAGCAUAUGGUGGUCUCAGCGCGACAAACGCCUACACAACCUCCACAUACACCCUCAAAAGUCUCGCUGGUACGCUCUGCGGAGUGACCCCACUCGUCGCGGACUUCAACCGCGAGUGGGAGUACCACAUCUACCAGCCCUGUUUGCCCCACGUCUUGGAAAUGCUUAGCAACCAAGAAGGUAUCACCAACGAUACCGAUGAUUUUACUCGAUGGCCUUGGCACUCAAUCUGGAUGCAGUCCGUCACCGAAGGCUAUGACAACCAGGACAAACUGACGCCGGUUCUGGGCUUCAAGGACAAGUAUACGAAGGAGAUCAUCGAAAGCGCCUCGGCAAAGCACUAUCCGGUGGAAUCCGAUGAGGUAAAUUAUUAUGGGUAUGCCGACACCGAAUUGCGUGAGUACAUCUGCGACGCCAUCGACGAUGCCGAGCGCGAUCACAAGCGUCUAUUCCUUUCGCAUCUGACUGGCACUACACACCACCCAUGGGGCCUGCCAAACAACACCUACGAGAAGAUUCUCGGCUCGAACAAGGGCCACAACGAAGAUCUCAACCGGUACCUCAAUGCUGUUGGCUUCCAGGACAAAUGGCUCACCGAAAUCAUCGGCAUCCUAGAGGAAAAGGGUGUCGCUAAUGAAACCCUCUUCGUAAUGGCAGGUGACCACGGUCUUUCGCUUCCCAACGACGGCGGCAUCACUCCUUACGAUAACCCGCAUGUCGGCAGCUUCGCCGUGCCCAUCGUUCUCGCACACCCACAGCUACCCGCGCUUGAGAUCACGGCACCAGUCAUGAGCGACCAGAUCGUCCCCUCGAUCCUAGAUCUCCUCAUCGAGUCCAACUCCCUCACUAAGAAACCCGCCAAGGCUGCAAAGGAUAUUCUCUCCUUGUACGAAGGUCAAUCUCUAAUCCGCCCGCUCAUCCAGGAACAGCACGGCGUUCAAGAUUGGCAGUUCACAGUCAUGAACACCGGCGGCUCGUGGCUUGCCGUCCGAUCUGCCGUGCGCCCACAGUACAGACUGGUCAUCCCGCUCGUCAACGACGUGGAGUGGCGGUUUUCCGAUCUGAGCACCGAUCCACAAGAGCUGGAUCCGAUCUCGCGAUUCAAUCUCGCAGACUUGGCCGCUUCCCUUGAUGACAAGUAUGACGAUGAUGAGGUCUUGGAUUGGCUUUUCAACGCGGCUUACGUGACGAAUUGGUGGGUUGGAGAGAACUGGGCUCGGUAUAGAUACGAUCCUAAACAGGACCAUCCUAAAGAAGAUGGGGAUAAGUGA